AUGCGCUUCGUGGAGCUGCGAGAAGGCCGGGGUCCCCAGCGGGCCUUCCCAGGGAGCAGGGGCGCCUUCGAGGCCUGUAACUGCGCCGUGGUGUGCCUGCGAGGACUGGGUGGGAGCUGCGUGGAAGGGAAAGGUAAGAAGAAAGGUGAGGAAAUGCUGGUAAUACCUCACAAGUCACCCCUUCUUCAUGGUGGAGGAGAAAUGGGUCCCGAGCGACCAGAUCAGGGCUUGGUGCUCUUCAAAGAGGUGGCCGUGUAUUUCACCAAGGAGGAGUGGUCUCUGCUGGAUCCGAGCCAAAGGACUCUUCAUGAGCGAGUUAUGAUGGAGAACUUUGCAAACGUGGCAUAUUUGGAGACCUGUGAUGUGCCAGGGAUCAAGGCAGAAGACGGACAGGGAGUAUUCUUAGAAAGAAUGAGUCCUGAAGAACGAAAAGAACAGAGAAAUCUAAAUACUCAUUUGAAAAUCCACACAGGAGAAAAGCAACUGAAAUGCUCAAAGUGCAGUAAAAGUUUCUAUGAUAAAGCUACCCUCAGAGAACAUCUGAGAAUCCACGCAGAGAAGAAACCAUUUAUGAGUCUGGAGUGCAGAGAGGCCUUCAGUUGGUGUGAUAAUAUUUCUUCACAUCAAAGGAUUCACACAGGGGAGAAACCAUUUAAAUGCCUGGAGUGUGGAAAGAGCUUCACUCAGAAUGGUAUGGAGGACGACUACUUGUGGCAAGAUGAAGAGGAAGCCGAAGCUGAGAACACACCAUCUGAUACGGAAUUCGAUCCAUACGAUGACUGCCUUUCAAAUGUAUCACAAGAUGUCAUUGAUGUACUUAUGAUAUCAGAUGACGAACAAGAAGAUUUUGAAGGCUUUUAA